GCAAGAGGGUUAUUAGAUCCAAGUUUUCUGCUUUAGGUUUUCCAAUCUAAAGCGUUUGAGUUUUUGCUCUAGGCUCAAUAUGGUCUUCACUUUGGGGUCUUAGACUCUCGCAGGAUGUGGAAAAAGGCACUCUCCUUACCCCAACAAAGACUCUUCUCCUCCACACCUGAAGUCCCAUCGCUUUACUCCUUUCUCCAACCCUCACUCUUUUCCCUCAAAACCUCACAACCGUUGCCUCCACAAUCACAGAACCCCACCAACCCUCAAACUGAAUCCCUCACCCAUGAGCAAAUAUCCACCCUGGAAUCCACCCUCCACAAAUCCCUCCUCACCCAAAAUACUGAUGAGGCAUGGAAGUCCUUCAAGUCACUCACAACCAGCUCUGCUUUCCCUAGUAAAUCGAUCACUAACUCACUAAUUACCCACUUAUCCUCCUCCAAUGAUGUCCACAAUCUCAAGAGGGCAUUUGCUUCUGCUGUUUAUGUCAUAGAGAAGAGCCCAAAGUUGCUAGAUUUUGAAACUGUGCGUACCCUCUUGAAUUCCAUGAAAUGUGCCAACACUGCUGCCCCUGCUUUUGCUCUGGUCAAGUGCAUGUUCAAGAACAGGUAUUUCAUGCCUUUUGCUUUUUGGGGCAAUUUGCUUAUUGAUAUUAGUAGGAAAAAUGGUAGCUUUGUUUCGUUUUUACGGGUUUUUGAGGAGAAUUGUAGGAUUGCUAAUGAGGAGAAGCUAAAUUUUUUGAAACCUGACUUGGCUGCAUGUAAUGCUGCCUUGGAGGGUUCCUGCUGCAAUCUUCAAUCUGUGUCUGAUGCUGAAAAAGUUGUGGAAACAAUGUCCGUUUUGGGCAUUCGGCCUGAUGAGUUGAGUUUUGGUUUUCUUGCUUAUUUGUAUGCAUUGAAAGGGCUUGAUGACAAGAUAAUUGAGCUUGAAAAAUUAAUGGAUGGUUUUGGUUUUUCUAGUAAAAAGGUCUUCUAUAGUAGUUUGAUUAGUGGGUAUGUUAAGUCUGGCAAAUUAGAUUCAGUUUCAUCAAGCAUUCUGUCUAAUUUGAAGGAAUAUGGUGGAAAAGAUUUGGAUUUUGGUGAUGAAACCUACUGUGAAAUGGUUAAAGAAUUUCUUCAAAAUGGAGGUAUCAAGAGUUUAGCUAGUUUGAUUAUCGAAGCCCAAAAGUUGGAGUCUUCUACAACAGCUGCUGAUAGGUCACUGGGAUAUAGGAUUGUUAGUGCCUGUGUUGACCUUGGCUUAUCAGACAAGGCCCAUAGUAUUCUUGAUGAAAUGAAUGCACAGGGAAGUUCUGUGGGGCUUGGAGUUUAUGUGCCAAUCUUAAAGGCAUACAGCAAAGAGCAGAGAACAGCUGAAGCUACUCAGUUAGUCAUGGAUAUCAGUAAUUCGGGGCUUCAGUUGGAUGCGGAGAGCUAUGAUUCACUCAUAGAAGCAGCCAUGACUUGCCAAGAUUUUCAGUCAGCUUUUACAUUGUUUAGGGACAUGAGAGAUGCAAGACUACCAGAUCUGAAAGGAAGUUACCUAACUAUAAUGACAGGUUUGAUGGAGAACCAUAGGCCAGAGUUAAUGGCUGCAUUUUUAGAUGAAGUUGUAGAAGACCCUAGAAUUGAAGUGAAAACACAUGACUGGAAUUCAAUCAUUCAUGCUUUUUGUAAAGCUGGUCGAUUAGAAGAUGCAAGGAGGACUUUCAGAAGGAUGGUGUUCCUGCAGUUUACGCCAAAUGCUCAAACAUAUUUGUCCAUGAUUAAUGGGUAUGUGACUGCAGAGAAAUACUUCAGUGUUCUCAUGCUGUGGAAUGAGGUGAAGCGCAAGAUUACCGUUGAUGGUGAGAAAGGCAUAAAAUUGGAUCAUAACUUGGUGGAUGCAUUCUUAUAUGCUUUGGUUAAAGGGGGUUUCUUCGAUGCAGUCAUGCAAGUUGUGGAGAAAUCUCAAGAGAUGAAGAUUUUUGUGGACAAGUGGAGGUACAAGCAAGCAUUCAUGGAAAACCAUAAGAAGCUCAAAGUGGCAAAGUUAAGGAAAAGGAACUUCAGGAAAAUGGAAGCACUUAUUGCUUUUAAAAAUUGGGCAGGUCUAAAUGCAUGAAUUUUGAUAAAAUGACAAUUUUCUUAUGGUUUAAAGCCAAUGUUGGUCCGUCCACUUUUGUUCAUUAUCAUCCCUGUAAAAACAUAUUUGUCCCAAUUUUUUCUUUAAGUAUAAACGUCUCACAUUUUU